CUCCAUAUUCUCUCAUCUAAAUAUAUCUUGCUUCCCUGUCCUCCUCUUCCACCAGACACAUUUCCGAUCUGCCCAUACUUUUUUUCAAUUUUAUCUUCUUGUUAAUUUCUUUCACAUUUAUGCUGUCUGCCCACUCUGCUCGCUUACUGCUAUAUUUGGGUAUACUAUUAUAUAUCUCAAACUUAUCUAUCUCUAUUUUGGAUCAUAUCAUAUCUCAGUGAUCUGUUGCUUUAAUUGGAGUUUCUUCUUACCAUGUUUAAGGUUGUGUGUGAAUUCUGAUUUGUACGUACGUAGUUGUGUGAAUACAAUAUGGUGAAGCCUUAUUGGAAAACACUGCUUGGGGGUGCCGGAAAUUGGAGAUCAAGAGGCGACGGAAACCGCCGUGGCGGCGACCGGAGAAUAUGGCACAACUCCGGCCAUCACUUUUCCGGCGAAUUCUCGAUGGCUAUGGUUCAGGCCAAUGCGUAUUUGGAGGAUCAGGCCCGGCUCGAGUCAGGGCCACUGAGUUACCUUCAGUCGGGGCCGUAUGGUACUUUUGUCGGCGUUUACGACGGACACGGCGGCCCGGAGGCGUCGCGAUAUGUAAACGAACGCAUGUUCGAUAAUCUCAAGAGAUUUGCUUCGGAGAAUCAAGAGAUGUCGGCGGAUGUCAUAAGAAGGGCGUUCUUUGCGACGGAAGAUGAAUUUCUGUCCGUAGCAAGGGAGCAAUGGUGCGACAAGCCACAAAUGGCUUCCGUCGGGACGUGCUGCCUCGUCGCCGUGAUAUGCGAGGGAUCUUUAUACGUCGCCAACGCCGGCGACUCCCGGGCAGUCAUGGGCAGGGUGGAUGAAGAUGGAGAAAUCAGAGCCGUCCAGCUGUCAGUGGAUCACAAUGCUAAAGAAGAAUCGAUAAGAGAUGAGCUGCAGGCACUGCAUCCUAACGAUCCGCAGAUAGUUGUUCUAAAGCACAAAGUUUGGCGAGUGAAAGGCCUCAUACAAGUGUCGAGAUCGAUCGGCGAUGCGUAUCUAAAAUGCCCGGAGUUCAACAGGGAGCCAUUGCCGGCUAAAUUCAGGGUGCCGGAGCCGUUCGAGAGGCCGAUUCUGAGUCCAGAGCCGUCGAUAGUUGUGCAUGAGGUGGAGUGCGAGGAUCAGUUUGUGAUAUUGGCGUCUGAUGGAUUAUGGGAGCAUCUCAGCAACGAGGAGGCGAUCGAUAUCGUUUGCAGCCAUCCUCGCCGUGGGAUUGCGGGCAGGCUGGUUGAAGCUGCGCUGCGAGUGGCGGCGAGGAAACGGGAGAUGCGAUUCUCGGACAUGAAGAAAAUCGAACCCGGCGUGAGGAGGCAUUUCCACGACGACAUUACAGCGGUGGUGGUUUUCAUGGACGGAUCUUGUGGUGGAUCUUACGGUGGUGCUGUUUCUGUAAGAGGAGGGGAAGAUGUCUUCUGCUCUGGUGACUUGUGAUUUAGGUUAAUUAUAUAUAAUAUAUCUUAUCUUUGAUUUAGGGUUUCUGAGAGAGAAUCCAUUUCGUCUCAUCUCAUCUCAUCCCAUGUCUGAUGUUUUUGAAGAGUCUGGGAACAGAUCUGCAGCAGGAGCUUUGCUGUUCAUUGCUCUUGUAUAAAUUAUGUGUUGUCUUGUCUGAUUCUGGCCAAGCCAAUGAAUUAUUGAAUCGUCGUUUAUCAAAACAUAUAUCUACAA